AUGGUUUUACUUGCAACAAAAGUAGAGUUCCUGGUUUAUGAGAUCCUCCUCUCAAAGGGGAAACCCUAUAAAAACAAUCGAGAAAUCUUGGCUAUGAUAAACUUAAUUGCAGCAUAUCAAGGAAUUACAUUGACAUUAGAAUCAAGUGUUACUCAACCUUAUCAAGCCAUACCCCAGGAUAAGGAGCCCUUUCAUAUCGAAGGGAUGCAAACAGCGUAUAUAAUACGGACAUGGAGGGAUCCUAAUUUAUUCUACACAGUUUCCGUUACCGGAGGUACUUUGUAUAUGAAGGAGAAUGAUUUAAGGGAUAUGAGGUUUCUUAGAAUCGUAGCAAGCAACGGCGCAACAAUGAUCAAUGAAAAAGAAACAACAAUGAAUGGAAAGAGGGGAGAAAGUCACGCAAGGGGAAGGAUAUGCUUAGUUGGCAGCUUACCUGUCCGGUGGCAUGCCUAUAACAACCCCACCGAGUCCACCUCAAACAAUGUCCUAUUUUUCUUGUGCCCUAAAUUGAAGAGUUGAAGAAGAACUGAAGAAGAUGUCGCAAGCCUCCAUCGCCUCCACCUCAAACAACCGAAUCAUGUGCUAUUGUGGGCUCCUGAGUUGGAUUCGAGUCUCCACGACACCACAGAAUCUGGGCAAAAAAGGUUUAGAGCCCUUAUUCGUUGAGAACAGGGAGAAAGUGUGGAUUUUGGGAAUGGGUUGUUGAAGAUCCGUACACAGAGGAACUUUUGGGUCUUAGUCAUGGCUGAAUAAAAUGAAGAAGAAGAUGAAAUGGCAUAAAGUAUCUUUGAUUGUCUUGUUUGUAUUGUACUUUGUUAAAUUAUGUUGAAUGGAAUUAUGAUGCAGUAGACGUCUUUUGAAUAUAAAGGGUACCCAUAAUUUUGUUAUUUUGAUUGUAAGGGUACCUAUAAUGUAAUGAAAUCAUAUGUAUGAAUGCAAAUGAAGCUUUUGGUAAUG